UGGUGGAGAUUGUGAGGGAAUUAUCUCCAGUUUGAUUGCAGGGGUAGAUUACCCUCUCUGGGCCAUGUCUGCGGUAAGCUUGUUUUUUUUUACUUUUGUGAUCUUGACAAGAGUCGGUUAAAAUGAAUCAGGCGGUGUUUCCAAAGCGUUUGCCGUUAUGGGAGUGAUGUUAUCUUCUCCAACUUUUGCUUUAAACUAACAAGAUUGCCCAAAGCUUAAAGCUUGUGAUUUGCCUCAAAAUCAGAUCAGUUCUGAGCUCCUCUGCUUUAGAAAAAUUGCAAAAUAUAUCAGGUGGUUAUGUUAGUAAGCUUAACAAUGCCUUUGGUCUCCUUCACACAUUAAUACCUUGGCCAUGUGGAAUUGAUAGCUCAGCACAGCACAGCCAGCCCACCUCCCUUUCGGUGUCCUCUGUCUUAUGCAAGAUAAAAUACUGUACUACACACUCUCUGAGCCAGACAGGAGGCUGACAUACCAGAUGAACUUUUACUCUUGUAAAUCAUUUUUAAUAAGCUUAUAAAACCUUUGGUUUCCCCAUAUGAGAUGGCACUAGGAGAACUCUAUAGGGGAAUUUUUAUUAUUAUUCACGAGGCCCGAGUCUUGGGAUCUGUUUCUUUCUUUUGUUGCUAUGCAUUUCUCAGAUCAAUUGACUCAUUACUCAAGAGAGUGGGCUGUGUGUGCGUCUCUUGCUAUGCGCAAUUGUUGCUCUUGCUGUUCUUUGCUGUGCCACUCAUUCCUGGCUCCUUUGGCGUAACUGGGAACAAAGCCAAGAGAGCUGGAGCUGCUGGCAUUUAUUGAUCGCGUCCUUCAUUAAAGUACUGGCUGUGUUCACCCCUUGUUCGGGAAAAGUGGUUCCUGGAUUUCAUGAUGUAUAUGUGGGAUUCUAACAAGGUCCUUGUGAAUUCUACCAAUGGACAAAAUAACAUUUUAAACAAAGGGACCCAAUAGUCUGCCAGCCAGCAAUCAAAAUUCUGGAACCAUUCUUUAGAACGUUUGUGUUCUACAAGUGGGGCUUGUAACAAAAUGUUGUAGCAUGAAGUGCUCCUGUAGUGUUCCAGCCAAUCAGGCAUGUAUUCUUCCAGGUUAUUUCACUCUAUUCUAUUCCAUUCUACUUAGUUUUAUGUCCAGCCAUUGCCCUCCGUACCUGCACAUCAGCUAGUGAGCAUUCCGUAAUGAUGAUAAUGCUUUAAAUGCACAGAUCCAACAGGCGUGAUCGUCUCGGUUCUUCUGAUGAAAAGGGCAGGUUGCACUUCUUCUGAAGACUAGAAACUGGGUACACUUAAACGAUAGCCAAAGAAACACAAACUCCAUAUCAAGGUAUUCCAACCACCCAGUCAGCCAUGUGGUCUGCAGGCAAUGGAGCAACCAACCGCCUGCAAAGCUGGAAGUGACGCCGACUGCACAGUCAGCCAAAGAACCCAGUGUACUUUCAGUAACAUCCCAUCUCAGCACUGUCUCUAAGCACGGCAGAAACAAAUCAGCUGCCGAGCGAUUUUCAAAAGCAAAUGAACAGCACUGUUUAAACAAAGCAAGUGAGUUUGCAGCAAACCUAUAUUUGCAAUAAGUAAAAUGAUGCCAUUUUAAUCAAAUGAACAUUUCAAAAUCAGGGUGAUAGAGUUGUGGCCUGUUUGUUGUGCCUGCCAAUAUACAGCUGUGGAGACCAUUUGGGAUACGGAACUAGGAAACUGAUGUUCAGAUUUAACUUUUCCUUGCUGUCUGCAAGCAUUUUUCUCCAGCACAUCUGUUCUUUGUGGUUUGAAUUGCUUUAAUUGCUCCUCAGGUGUCAGGUGAAUGCACUGUCUUUUCUCCCCAAUGGCAUUUGGGCUAGGUGCUUAACAAUGCAAUCCUAUGCAUGUGUUCUCAGAAGUAAGUCCCACUCAGGUGGUGUUUAUAGGAUUGCAGCCUUAGUUGCUUUUAACUCUCUCAGUAAAUUGGCAUGACAAAGUUACAGAAGUUUCAUGUCAGAUUAUGGCUCCCCCCAAGGAAUCCUGGGAACUGUAGUUUGAUGAGGGUGCUAGGAAUACCUGACUAGAGAUCCCAAGCCCUGCUCAUAAAGUAACAGGGAAUGGUUUAAACCCAUGGUGUACAUAUAUCCUCAAUUAAGGACCUUCCAGAUUGAUUCCCACCCAGAAAUAGUGACAAACACAUACUGGCAAAUGAAGGUUGUGGAAUUAAAGUUGGUUGGGUGUUCUUGCCCACCGGACCCGCUCCCACCCACCCUCACCCCAAAUUGGACUUUUUGCUAUAAAGGAAGUGAUGGGGAAAUGCUUUAGAAAGUUUGGGAUAACAACUGCUUGACAUGACAUUGUAUAGCCUAUCUGUCAACAAAUCAGAAUGCAGGCCAAAUAAAGAGCCGCUACUGUCAAUAAAGAGCCAUCUUGGUAGCGUUUUCCUUUGUAACUUGUGAGCAGCAAUGCUGGUAAAAAAAUGGGAUAUUCUGCGCAAUUUAUUCUCUUGUUGAAGGAGGAGGUUGCAUUCUUCUAUUCAUCUAAGGGGGAAAGACUAAAAUAACAUUGUAGAAAAAGAGUAAUUUUCAGUCUAGCAUGGCCUUUAGGUCAGUUAAGAAGUUUGCGACAUUCCUGUGUUAAUGCGUCCAAAGUGAUUUUUGAGAAUCGGUGGUAUCACCAGCAUUUUAGAGCAGAGCAAGAAGGAACUUAUGGAUGUCUUUCUCCCACUUUUUUUUGCUUUGCUCUUGUGAAAAAGGUUCUGUACUCGCACCACCGGCAUUAUGUGCACAUACAGAAUAAGUGACUGUAUCCCUGCAUAUAAAUUGUUUCGUUAGCAAUCGUAACUCUCUUUCUCUCUCUCUUCUGCAUGCCUGCUUCCGUCCAGCUGGGGGCUGGCUGUUGGGCGGACAGGCCAACGACGUCACGGAAAAGCCCUGUCUCUGAUCAGAUGGGCUUAAUAUAAACCAGGUUUGCUGAGAAAGAAUUAGAGAGGCAGCCCUUGGACAGAAGAAGGAUUUCCAGUGGGAGAGUGGAUCGGUGUUCAACACUCUCCUGAGAACUAGGGAGUGAGAUUAACGGAGUCGCCUGUGGUUGGAACAGAGAGUAAAAACAGCAACAAGGGCUGGGAAAAGCCAUGACUCUGAACAAUGUCACGAUGCGUCACAGCAGCAACACCUUACAAUCGCAGCAGCAACGCUGGAGCAUCCCAGCGGACGGGAGAAACCUGGUGGUCCAGAAAGACCCCCACGAGUGCAACCGACACAAAAGGUACACCGUCAACCCCGAAGAGUAUUACCGAAGAAGCUGGUCGUCGGAGUCUUCUGACUCUGUCAUCUCCUCCGAGUCAGGAAACACCUACUACCGAGUGGUACUCAUCGGGGAGCAAGGAGUUGGCAAGACAACCAUUGCCAACAUCUUUGCAGGCGUGCACGACAGCAUGGACAGUGACUGCGAGGUGCUCGGAGAAGAUACCUAUGAACGAACCUUGCUGGUAGAUGGUGAAAGUGCAACUAUCAUACUAAUUGACAUGUGGGAGAACAAGGGUGAAAACGGAUGGCUCCAAGAUCACUGCAUGCAAGUUGGGGAUGCAUAUUUGAUUGUCUAUUCCAUCACGGACCGUGCAAGCUUUGAGAGAGCAUCUGAGCUCAGGAUACAGCUCCGCAGGGCACGCCAGACAGAAGACAUCCCCAUUAUUUUAGUGGGCAACAAAAGUGAUCUCGUUAGGUGCCGGGAAGUCUCUGUUUCAGAGGGCAGGGCCUGUGCUGUUGUGUUCGACUGCAAGUUCAUUGAGACCUCGGCGGCCGUCCAGCACAAUGUGAAGGAGCUGUUUGAAGGCAUUGUGCGUCAAGUGCGGCUCAGGAGAGACAGCAAAGAGAAGAACGAAAGGAGGCUGGCAUAUCAGAAGCGGAGGGAGAGCAUCCCUAAGAAAGCCAGGCGAUUCUGGGGCAAAAUCGUAGCCAAGAAGAACAAGAACAUGGCCUUCAAACUUAAGUCCAAGUCUUGCCACGAUCUCUCUGUCCUUUAGGAACAUUGGAUCAUCCUGAGCAUUUUCUUUCCUGGACCUUCUUCAACUCUCUUCUGAACAAUAAACCAAUCUAUAUUAGAUUGGUCAACAAGAAAUGCAAAUCUGACUUGGACUCACAGUUGUGAUUAUUCUGAUGAAAUGUGCCAGCAAUAAGGACAGCCUAAUGCAUGCAAGGAUGAAGAAAUGCCAUUUAUACUUUCCAGUUUAUAGUUUAAGUGUGUGAGUGUGUUUGGGUUGGGGCGGGACAGAACUUUUGUCUUAUAAACAAUAACAUUCCAAACUUACAAUGAGACGUGUCCAAGGGGGGAGAAAACUGUUUCCCUUGUUGCCUUUUAGAUAAUAGUAUAAGAAAUCAGAAAGCAUCUUUUAUAAAAUGGAUGCCAUCUUUUUGUUAUUUCUUACUAAUUCUGUAAGCCAAUGAAAAAGGGUUCCCACGAGAUAUGCCUUCUCCCUAAUCAACCAAUUGACUUUCUUAAGUGCCCGCAGCUGAAAAUCUUUGUUGGUUUGAUAUCAUUUAUCCCAAUGAAUAGAAAGAUAUCAACUGCAGUCAGAUAUUCAAGUGUUUGGUUAAAUGGGAGCAUUAUUUACAGUGGGUUACAUUGCCACAGAACACUAUGGGAGAUGAAUGUGAAUUUCACUAAAUGGAUACUUGUAGUUAGAAUAUUGGCGAUAUUAACUGCUAAUGGCUAAUGUAGCCCUAAAAACCACAUGCAGGGUUUCAUGGUAACUGUAUAAUAAGUGUUGAAGUGUUUCCUUGAUGCAUCUGGAGCCAUUUGAUUCUCUUAAAAAACAUAGGUAUGGGAGAAAAUUGUAAUACAACUUUCUGUUGUGUUGUAACACAAAAUUGUUUAUAUUGAUAGAAAAGUAGGAAACGUAAAACAUAAAAUCAAGUGCAAAAUGCCAAGUUUUGGGAAAGAAAACCUCCUUUUCUAAUAAACCACAAAGAGAUUUUGUGCUGAAAUCUCACGUUUGUAUUAUGCCAUUGUAACUUUCUAUUUAUUGUCUUUCAACUAUUUGCAUUUUUAAUGGGUGAACUGUUAGGAGUGGGAGGGAAGGGGGAGACAUAGUGUUGAAAUGUAUUUAUUAAGUGAUUUCUUAAGAAAAACGAUUUUAUUACUGUUUUCUAUAUGAUGUCUUUUGGACUAUUUACAUGCCUUGUAAUAAAUCAAUAAAAGGUUUCACUGCCUUUGAACCUA